AUGUCCGAGAAAAAAGCACUCGGUUCUCAACCUUCCACCCCCUCCGAGCCCCCUCCGUCCUACGAAACAGCCGCCUCAAUCCCGUCUAUCGGCGGCCCAAACACCAAUCCCAUCUCGCUCCCCCGCCCCCCGCCGCUGGCCCUUCCGGUCCUUAAUCAGCUCCGCUCAAAACGCGUGAUCCUCGCCUCCGCCUCUCCCCGCCGCAAACAAAUCAUCUCGUUCCUCGGCCUGCGCGACGUGGAAAUUAUCCCCUCCAACACGCCGGAAGACUUCCCCAAAUCUCUUUCCCCGUUCGAAUAUGUCCUACAGACCGCAACCCACAAAGCCAUUACGGUGUAUCAGCAGCAGAUCAACAACCCGGAUAAGGGUGAGCCGGCGUUGAUUUUAGCGGCGGAUACGAUCGUGGCCGAUAUUUCUACGGGGAGUAUUCUAGAGAAACCGCGCUCGGAGGCGCAUCAUAUCACAAUGCUCAAGGCGUUGCGGGACGCGGGGGAUCACAAGGUAUUCACGGCGGUAGCGGGGAUCGUGCCCCUAGAGAGCGCUCGGGAUCCGGGAUAUGCGUUGGAGACAGUGGUGGAGGAGACGAAUGUGAGGUUCGAUCCGGACAUUACCGACGAAUUGCUUGUGGCAUAUGUGAAAACACGGGAAGGAGUGGAUAAGGCCGGGGGCUAUGGGAUGCAAGGGCUGGGCUCGAUAUUGGUUCAGAGAAUUGAAGGGAGCUAUGAUAAUGUGAUUGGGCUGCCGCUGCGGGCUACGUUGAAACUGAUUGAGAAGGUUAUGUCCCGGGCAGAUGAUGAGGACCUACUUGGAGACGAAGAGGAAGGGUCUGAUUCUUGA